AUGUCUUCUCUGUCUCCGCCUCCGGUUCCGAUGGAGCUCCACGCCGUGAACCGGCGGAAGCUCCUCGAUUCUCUCCGCCGCCAUUUAUCUGUCUCCGAUCGUCCUCUCCAUGGUUUCGUGUUCCUCCAGGGAGGUGAGGAGCAGACUCGGUAUUGCACUGAUCACAUCGAGCUCUUCAGGCAGGAGAGUUAUUUUGCUUACUUGUUUGGAGUCAGAGAACCCGAGUUCUACGGAGUUAUAGACAUUGGAAGCGGGAAGUCUAUUCUUUUUGCUCCAAGAUUGCCUGCUGAUUAUGCUGUCUGGUUGGGGGAGAUAAAGCGACUUUCAUACUUUCAGGAAAGGUAUAUGGUCGACAUGGUUUACCAUGUGGAUGAGAUUGAUCAAGUUCUUCAUGAUCAAUUUACAGGAUCUGGAAAACCAUUGUUAUAUCUCUUGCAUGGCCUCAACACCGACAGCAAUAACUUUUCAAAACCUGCCAAUUUUGAGGGAAUUGAAAAGUUUGAAAGGGAUAUGACUAGUUUACACCCUAUUUUGACUGAAUGUCGAGUUAUCAAGUCGAACCUGGAGCUUCAACUAAUACAGUUUGCAAAUGAUAUAAGUUCUGAAGCUCACGUUGAGGUUAUGAGGAACACUAAAGUUGGCAUGAAAGAGUAUCAAUUAGAAAGCAUGUUUAUGCAUCAUUCCUACAUGUAUGGUGGAUGUCGGCACUGCUCAUACACGUGCAUCUGUGCCACUGGGGAAAAUGGUGCUGUUCUACAUUAUGGUCAUGCUGCUGCUCCAAAUGACAGGAUCUUGGAAGAUGGAGAUAUGGCACUGCUUGAUAUGGGAGCUGAAUAUCAUUUCUAUGGGUCUGAUAUAACAUGUUCAUUCCCCGUGAAUGGGAAAUUUACAAGCGAUCAGAGCCUGAUCUACAAUGCUGUACUUGAUGCUCACAAUUCCGUAGUCUCUGCAAUGAAGCCUGGAGUGAACUGGGUAGAUAUGCACAGGUUAGCAGAAAGAGUGAUACUCGAGUCCCUGAAGAAAGGCUCCAUCCUUGUUGGAGAGGUAGAUGAAAUGAUGGUGGAAAGGUUAGGUGCAGUUUUCAUGCCGCAUGGACUAGGUCACCUCCUCGGUAUCGACACACACGAUCCCGGCGGUUAUCUCACCGGAGUGGAAAGGCCAAAGGAACCUGGACUGAGGUCUUUACGCACAGCCAGAGAACUCCUAGAAGGAAUGGUAAUAACAGUAGAACCCGGAUGCUAUUUCAUCCAUACUCUGUUGUCGGCAGCCAUGGAUAAGCCGAAAACCUCAAAGUUCUUCAACCGUGAAGCAAUCGACAGAUUCAGGAACUUUGGAGGUGUCAGGAUCGAAAGCGAUGUGAUUGUUACGGUCGAUGGGUGCAAGAACAUGACGAAUGUGCCGCGGGAAGUAGGAGAGAUCGAAGCUGUGAUGGCCGGAGCGCCAUGGCCGCUGAAGGAUGCAACUCACUAGUUUUUAAAACCAUGUCUGAUGAAGUGAGCGUAGUUCAGAACUCAAGUGAGCGUAGUCAAAACCAUGUCUGAUGAAGUGGGGAAUUGAUAUAUAUAUAUAUAUAUAUAAUCUGAAUAAAAUAAUACUUCUCCUCUUGGGAGACUGUUUGGAAGAUAAUUUUAGUUGACAAUC